AUGGACCGGAGGCGGGGCGGAGAGUGGCACCCGCAAGCAACCCACGGGUCCCGUUCUGUUAGUGCGCUGUCGAAGAGUCAGAGAUUUGGAGACUCUCGCCAGACGCCGCCAAUGGAAGACAUACGUGUUGGAUUGAUCGAUGCAUUGAUUGGACCGCGCUUCGCCCUGCUAAGGGAUCCGUACUGCUCCGUGUCUGCUUGGUUUUCGAAAAAGCGUACCUGUCGAGAACAGAAAAAAGGCCACCCUGAUGGGAUGGUAUGGGAUGGGAGAGAAAGACCGACACGCCCGAGAGGAAGGCAGCAACAGCAGCAGCGCACAGACACAGCCGCGCCGUCCACGGAGCCUCUCUCACCGAUACGUACCCCUCUUUUGGGCUCUUUCCUCCCGUUCCAUUUGCUGCCGCUGCUCCUGCCGCCCUUUUGCAUGACUUCCCGUCUCUCCUUCUCGGUACCUAGGUACGAGGUCGUGCCUUUCCUUCCCAUCCUCAUCCCAUCUCAGUACCUCUUGCAGCAACUUGCUACCUAA